GUCAAAUCAAGAAUUUGUUUUCAUUAGAGAGGAAGUAUAUGUCAUUUUCUUCAUUACUCCAUAAUUGAGCAAUUCUCAAUGUUCUCAAUUUCUCAUAUACAAGAACUCUUUACUGAUCAUAUACAAAUUGUCCGCACUCCUUAUAGUCGUAUACAAGUUCAAAUGUACUGAACACUUUCUAGUUACUUGUUAUUACGGAGUAUAUAUUGCUUCCAUUGAUCUAGGAGUCAUAGUCUCGGUCUCUCGGAUAUAGAUGGGUUUCUGAGUUUUUUGGAUUGCUUUCGGCCGUGGCAGCUGCUCCGUGCCGUGCUAAAUCCUAUUCUUAGCUCAAUGAUUUGAUCCUUGUUGUACGGAUAUAUGGUUAGUUUCUAUUUGGGCAUUUGGGAGUUUUAAAAUACCCCAUUAAUGGAGGAUGGGAGUGCACUAAGACUAUCCAACUUGAGGACAGGUAACUGUAUUCUAAAAUCCACAUUGUCUGGCAGAUCAACGCCCAGGGGUUCCCCUUCCUUUAAGAGGUUGAGCUCUGGGCGUACCCCACACAAAGAAGGUGGUAGGUUUAGUGGACUUAUUAAUUCCCAGUGUUUCAAAAGCAACAGAGUUGUUCUUUGGUUGCUCUUAAUUACCCUCUGGACAUAUGGUGGAUUUUAUAUCCAGUCAAGGUGGGCUCACGGGGAUAACAAGGAUGGUAUAUUUGGCGGUUACGAUGGUAACUCAUCCUCUAUAGAUUCUUCACUGAUUGCAAAUGGAGAUUCCUCUUUAGUAGAGGAUAGGGUUGAGAUUGAGAGUAACCAGUCCAAUUCGAAGGAUUUGGGGGUGACUUUAUCAACCAAAGGCAAUAUUAGUAAUUCUUCACCAUCUGAUAGAAAUGCAAUUCCAAAGAAGGGUAAGAAAUCAAAGCAGGCUUCACAUAAGAAGAAUCACAGAAAACAGGUGGAUAAUAAAAUUGAUGUGCACGAAGAGGAAAUGCCAAGAGAAAAUACAACCUAUGGAUUGCUUGUGGGCCCUUUUAGAUCAAUAGAGGAUGUCAUACUUGAGUGGAGCCCGGAAAAGAGGUCAGGCACCUGUGACAGGAAGGGUCAGUUUGCACGCCUCGUUUGGUCUAGAAAGUUUGUGUUGAUAUUACAUGAGCUUUCUAUGACUGGAGCUCCCCUUGCCAUGUUGGAAUUGGCAACAGAACUCUUAAGCUGUGGGGCCACAGUUUAUGUUGUGCCUCUUAGCAAAAGCGGGGGUUUGAUGCCUUCGUUAGCUAGAAAAAGGAUCAAAGUUCUUGAUGAUAAGAGUGACAUAGGCUUCAAGAUAGCAAUGAAGGCAGAUCUUAUAAUCGCAGGUUCUGCUGUCUGUGCAUCAUGGAUUGAACGCUAUGCAUCACGAACUGUUCUUGGAGAAAAUCAAAUUGCUUGGUGGAUCAUGGAGAACAGAAGGGAAUACUUUGACCGGUCAAAACUAGUGCUCAACCGUGUGAAGAAACUUAUCUUUCUGUCUGAUUUACAGUCAACACAAUGGCUAGCCUGGUGUGAGGAAGAACACAUAAAAUUAAAAUCCCAGCCAUCACUUGUCCCACUAUCGGUCAGCGAUGAACUUGCUUUCCCAGCAGGCAUUCCUUGUUCCCUGAAUAGUCCCCUCUUCACUGCCAAGAAGAUGCUAGAAAAGCGAAAGCUAUUGAGAAAUUCUAUCCGAAAUGAAAUGGGAUUAUCAGAAAAUGAUAUGCUUGUUAUGUCCUUGAGUAGUGUAAAUCCCGGAAAAGGUCAAUUGCUACUUCUUGAAUCAGCACAGUUGAUAAUUGAACAAGGACUUCUUCAUCGCAAUAAUCUUGAAAUGAACAAUCAAAAACAUUUUAAAAGAACACUUCUUGAUUAUAAGCAACAGAAGCUUAAGAUACUUAUAGGUUCUGUGGGCUCCAAGAGCAAUAAGGUACCCUAUGUUAGAGCACUUCUCAGCUUUCUUUCUCAGCACAGGAACCUUUCAAGCUCUGUUCUGUGGACUCCAGCAACUACUCGGGUUGCCUCUCUUUAUGCUGCAGCAGAUGUAUAUGUUAUGAAUUCUCAGGGACUUGGCGAAACUUUUGGGAGAGUAACCAUUGAAGCUAUGGCAUUUGGUCUUCCAGUCCUAGGAACAGAUGCAGGAGGGACAAAGGAGAUCGUUGAACACAGAAAAACCGGUCUUCUCCAUCCACUGGGUCGACUGGGAGCUGCCGUUCUUGCUUUAAAUCUUCAGUAUUUGCUGGAGAAGCCAUGGGCUAGAGAGCAGUUAGGGAGGAGAGGGAGAGAGAAGGUCGAGAGUAUGUACUUAAAGAAGCAUAUGUACCAAAAAUUUGGAGAGGUUUUGUAUGAUUGUAUGAGAGAAUAACAUAGCGCUUCUUGGCGGGGGCUACGUAGAGUGAUAUUCUCGAAAUCUGUUAGUUGUUGGUACCGCUGGAUGUGCAGAUCCUUCUUUCAGAUCCUUAAUUUCAUCGAGUCUGUGAGCCUUUGUGAAUUGAUUUUCCUACAUUCCAUCUUAAAAUCCAAAGUAGGGAGUCUACAUAGAAUUUGCAUGUUAUGUUAACAGCUACAUUGAUUUUGUAUACUUUUUUACCAAGAGGGCCCAUAAAGCCACAAGUUCCUGGCCAUAGCAGAGACAAGUAGAGAACGAGCAGUUUUUAAUUUAUAUUUUUGUGAUGUCCCACCC